AUGCUACAACCCGUCGCGCCCUCCCGGUUACCGGCCGAUUGCUUAUGUAUUCGCCGGCUUGGCGACGACGAAAUGGAGGCACCAUUUUUGGAUCGGCUACCAGAGACGAAUCAUUUGAUCGUUGGCAGCCAUGAUAAAUACGCAGUGGGAAAGAAGAUAGCCCAAGGCCGAUUUGGAGCUGUAUAUGAGGUUUUGCGACAAUGUGAUGGGAAGCCAUUUGCUGUAAAGUUAGAAGUGUGCGACACGCACUCACAUGGUCUCGAUAUGGACUUUGUCGUAUUGUCCAGAGCCGCAAAGGCAGACCUUCCAAAUGUGGCGCACAUGAUCGACCGCGGAAGGAUCGCUAAUCAUUUUAAAUUCAUCGUCAUGCACCUGAUGGGCCAAAAUCUAUGCCAACUGCGCUAUCUAUUCGUUGGUGAUCGUUUCUCACUAUCCACGGCCCUCCGAUUGUCCCUAAAAUGUCUGGACGCUAUCAAGCAGCUGCAUAACCUUGGAUUUAUCCAUCGUGAUAUUAAGGCGUCAAACUUUUGUCUGGUGCCUGGGUGUUCAGCGAAAGAUUUGGGCGUUUAUUUGGUGGAUUUCGGUUUGUGCCGAUCGUAUCGAAAUUCUGAAGGCCAAAUCCGCCCGCCGAGGGCCAGCGUCUCUUUUAAGGGAACUACAAAAUACGCGCCGCUGGCUGCGCAUUAUGAGAAGGAGCAAUCACUGAAAGACGAUAUGGAGAGCUGGUUUUAUAUGACAGUCGAGAUGAUUACCGGUAAUCUGCCAUGGUCCGGGCUACAUCGAAAACAAAAGGACGAAGCCAGAGUAAUGAAGGAGGCGGCUCGAACCCCGGAAGGCACUUCAGAACUAUUGAAAUCAACACCAAAAGAAGAAUUCAAGCGAAUUCUAAAGUACAUCGAUUGCCUUUCCUACCAGAGCCAUCCCGACUAUGUAUAUUUAAAUCAGAUGCUCAAUUUGUCGAUGAAGAACCAAGGAUGCAAACCGGACGACGAAUUGGACUGGGAGAAUAAUAAUAAUGGA